CAGCCUUUUCCACAAUUGAUGAAAUUCAAAUUUCCCCCAUGGACGAGUUGUAUGCAUGAGUGCCAGAUUGGCAACCUUCACGUGAGAACAAAAUCAUCUGCGGUCAGGAUCUCACCAUCCAAAUCAUCUUGCCCAAUUACGUAAACAUAGAAAGAGGUAUAUUCUCUUCCCAAAAAGCAAAAUAAAACUCGGAAGUCUUAAAAUAUCUGAUUAUAUAGGCAGGCGGCACCCUGGAGAGAGUCUUGCUUGCUAAGGAAUCAUCUGAACAGAGAAAUCUUGACGAAAGUGGUAGUGGGUGGAACUUCUCGUCGUCUCUUGGCAGUACAUCUUCUCUUGAAUCCUCCCUAACGUUAUCCUUUUUUGUGUCCUAUCAACUAGCUAUAAAGUCCCACGAUGGUUGCACAGGGCUUCGAAGUGGAUUUAGAUAAAGCUCUUGUCUUCCAGGUUGGCCACCUUGGAGAAGCUUAUGAGGAAUGGGUUCACCAGCCUAUCGUUAACAAGGAAGGACCUCGAUUUUUUGAAAGUGAUUUUUGGGAGUUUCUGACUCGUACAGUUUGGUGCGCAAUUCCAGUCAUUUGGCUCCCAGUUGUGUGCUAUAGCAUCUCAGUAUCAAUCCGGAUGGGCCAUACUGUUCCUGAGGCGGCAUUGAUUGUAGUUUUUGGAAUUUUUGUGUGGACAUUGAUGGAAUACACUCUUCAUCGAUUCCUUUUCCAUAUAAAGACGAAGAGCUAUUGGGGAAACACGGCUCAUUAUCUCCUUCAUGGUUGUCAUCACAAGCAUCCCAUGGAUGGUCUACGCCUUGUUUUUCCUCCUGCUGCGACAGCUAUUCUUUGUGUACCGUUCUGGAAUUUAAUCAAACUCAUUUCGACUCCCUCAACUGCUCCUGCUUUAUUUGGAGGAGGCUUGUUGGGCUAUGUCAUGUAUGAUGUAACCCACUACUACUUGCAUCAUGGACAACCAACAAGUGAAGUGCCAAAAAAUCUCAAGAAAUAUCAUUUGAAUCAUCACUUUCGCAUCCAGAACAAAGGUUUUGGUAUCACUUCUUCUUUCUGGGACACGGUGUUUGGAACGCUACCACAAUCUAAAUCAGCCAAGAGCAGAUAAUUCCUUUCAGAGAUGAGAAUCGCAUUUUAUAGCAUUAUUAAGUAGAAAGGGCAAACAUCUUAGUUUUAUCCUUACAUUCUUUCAUCUGCUGUCACAUUUCUUCUAGAUUUUUGUCGGCAAAGUGGGCAUCUCAGCUAUGUGCCUGACUUGUGCAAGGGUUACAUAACCUGGUUGAAAAACAUUGUGGUCUAUCUGUCCAUCUAGGUUGUAUUUAAGUUUAUCAUCGGACUGCAUGUUGGGUAAGUUAUCAUCAUCUGUUGUACUAUGGAAAAUAUAUCCGGUUAAUAUAUGUAGCAAAGGUUAUAUUUAUUUCUUUUCA